UCGAUUCAUCGCUGCGCUCAUUCAUGAAAUAUCUGCAGUGUGUUGACUGAUGUCACUGGAAGACAGGAGAAAGAAAUUGGAACUUUUGAAUCUUUUCUCAGCGGACACAAUGGACCUCUGCAUGAACAGCCAAGCAAUGAUUCAACAGUGAUGGGGUUUUUGCUUCCUUGAGGUUAACUGGUCUUGCAGGACGCUUUCAUCUUCUCGCUCGCCUGAACGCUCACAUCUGCAGGGAGUGUCAAAGCUUUCAGCAAAGUUUUGAAUUGACAGUUCAAGCAGAGGCAUGGAUAACAGAAGCUUUCACUGAGCAUUGAAUCCAGGUGCCGUUGCUCUGUUGCAGUUCCCCCACAGUGAAAAGAUGACCACAGUGUCCAUGGAGCCAGUGGCAGGACUGGGUGAAAGGGAGCCCAAUGCCACCACCCCUCCUCUUAACUCCCAUGAGGACACAGCAGCCACCUACACCAUUGGCACCAUCCUAUCCAUCAUGUGCCUCGUGGGUGUGUCCGGAAACAUCUACACCCUUGUGGUCAUGUGCCACUCCAUGAGGACUGCUGCGUCGAUGUACAUUUACAUCAUAAACUUGGCCCUCGCCGAUUUACUAUAUUUACUCACCAUCCCCUUCGUGGUGUGCACCCACUUUCUUCAGGGAUGGUUCUUCGGAGACGCUGGCUGCCGGAUUCUCAUCAGCAUGGACUUCCUGACCAUGCAUGCCAGCAUCUUCACACUAACCAUCAUGAGCACAGAACGGUACUUUGCCGUUCUGAAGCCACUGGACACCGUCAAGAGGUCAAAAAGUUACAGGAAAGCCAUUGCUUUGGUGGUCUGGGCGGCGUCGCUCGUAUUGACUCUACCCAUGAUAGUGAGCAUUCAUUUAAUGAAGGUGGGCAACAAGGCUAUGUGUCAGCCCACCUUAUCGCCACUGUCCUACAAGAUAUACAUCUCCUGUCUGUUUUGCACAAGCAUUGUUGCCCCAGGCCUGAUCAUCGGCUUCCUCUACAGCCAACUUGCUCGGACCUACUGGGUUUCACAGACGGAGACUUUCAAACAGACAAAGAAACUUCCAAAUCAAAAGGUGCUGUACCUGAUAUUCACAAUUGUGCUCCUGUUUUGGGCAUGCUUCCUGCCCUUCUGGAUCUGGCAAUUGCUGGGCCAGUUCCAUCCAAACCUACCGCUCUCCACCAAAGCCAAGCGCAUUAUAAACUACCUGACCACCUGUCUGACGUACUCCAACAGCUGCAUAAACCCUUUCCUCUACACACUGCUCACCAAGAACUACAAGGAGUACCUGCGGAAGCACAAGCGGUCCUGGUCAGCUGGCAGCUACUUUAAUAGAAGUCGUCGAUUUCAGCGGUCUCCGCGAAGGUCGCCUUCAGCCAGCAGUCAGCAGUGCACUGAGAGUUUCAUGCUGACGCACACAGCCUCACUACGAGCCCAUAACAGCAGUUUGUGAGGUACGUGCCAAUUCACUGCAUCGAAUUUCAUUGACAUUUUCAUUGUGCAAAUAAGGACAGAUCUGACUCAAGUAUGCAAUGGGUCUGUCUUAUCUAAAUGAAGCCUUGCAGCAAAUGUAUUCUCUUAUUGUUUGGUUUAUUGAAGACACAGCAGACUGGAGGAGCCAGUUAAUGCUACUGUACAGCUCAUGUCUAAUGACCAACAAAUAAAAUACAUGAUCCUACGCCCAUGAACAACAAAGAAUGUUUGUACUGAGGAUGUUUCAGUACAUCAACAAGGUAGUGGUUUUAUAAGAAGCUCUGUUUUUAUUUUCUAUGCCCUGUGUUGUGCCUGAGAUUUAAAAAAAUAAUAAUAAUAAUGCAAAGUAACUUAUUCAUAUUCAGAAACACAGUUAAGAUCACAACCACAUUAAGCACAAUAAGUACCAUAUAGAGAAUUUUAAAAAAGUAAAAAUUCACUUUUAGUCUGAGAAACUUCUCUUUACGCUACUCAUGCUCAUUUAUGAGUACAUUACCUUGGUUCCAGAACAAAAGGGUCAAUUAAAAAUGAGUGUAUAUACCACCUGAAAUCAAGGCACGAAUGAAGGAAAGUGACAGAACGAAACGUCACGCUGGUCCUUUCCGUAGCUCAGGUCAUUAUGUAUGUGCAGGUGCUUAAGCUAUGGACUAAAACCAAAACAAUAAAGAAAAAAAAAAACUCUUCAGUCCAGCCAUGUUGACCGCCAUUUCGCCAUCGUUCCAAAUGGUUGAACUUUUGUAUGACAAAUGUGUCCUGUGACUCCAUAUAUCUGUCUGCACACCACUAUGACAGUCAUACAUUAUGUAAGUUGUGUCACUAAUGGACCAUGCAGAAGAAACUGGAGGAAUACAUUUCAGAAGGUGAGUGAAGGGUAAAGGGAGUCUCAGGAAAAAAAAUGGUCAUAUAUCACUCAUGCUGGAGAAAAGAAGCUAUUUUUUGGCAAGCACAUAUCCUUAGCUAUGGCAUAAUGAAUUCCCAGUGGAUGUUCAAAUAUGAUGGACGUUUUACUCAGCUUAUACUGCAAAGAUCCUUCUUUGAUGACUCCUGUUAUGCGUUCUAGACUCCUGCUGAGAAAGAAUAGCUUUGAGUCAUAAAUAAAUCCUCCGCCGCUGAGUGACACCGACUAUAAAUUCACACUAAGUGAGGAAACCACUCUAUAUUUGUCCCCGCUAAAAUGCAAACACUGUGACAACCCAGUGUUGUCAAAUACUCCAUAUACUACUCUACUUUUAGCAAGAGGAAAUGUUAUUGUAGUCAGAGAAAACUACCCCCCUCCUUCGUGUCCACGGGAUGAACCCUUCUGGCUCUCUUAAUCUGAACGCAUUCAUCCAUAUCCACUAGUAGAUAAUCCUGUUUGUGUGCUGUUAAAAUGUCAAAGUCCAAAUUGACAGUGCAGCCUACACUCAAGGGAUCAGCAUCAGUUUCAACUAAAUGUUGUGCUAUGGAGUGUAAAUAUUCAUGGAUGCAAAUAAUAACAGCAGAUGCCGAUUUGGAGAGAUACUGUAUCAGUCCCCUAAAGGCACAUCAGUGUUAGUCAGAAGAAGGAGGAAAAUGAUCUCAACAAGCAUCUCCAUAUGCAAGGUACACGAUGGAGUCCUCCACAUACAGUUAGCACCAUUUCCUUUACUUGUCUUCUCUUCUUAUUCCCCAGUGACUCCCUAUUGAAUCAUGGUACUGGAGAUGCUUACACCCGUCACAUUAGAAUACUGCAGAAUCUCCUUUGCACGGCCAAAACACUUCAACCUGCCCAAAACUUGAAAACUUGUUGAUGUUUCUGAAAAGAUCGUAACUAAAGCCUGCCACCGUUGAGUUGAUGAGAUGGCGCCCUGGUCAUCUGAAUAACUCGGCGAGCAGGUAAUAUGGCCUGAACUCAAAAGCUGUAGUCCACACUCACCGUACUCACUUCACAUAACAUGAGAUGGUUCCUCACUAUUUGAAAACCCUUUCCUUCUCCUUUGAUGCCAUCAAUAAAGGGGUUUCCUUCCACCUAUUCUUACAAAAUGAACAGUAAUAGAAAAAUACCAGAAAAAAAAAUGCCCAAAACACCAAAAAAAAAAAAAAGAAAAAAAAAGUUUUCAAGCUUGGUUCAGGUGGAUUUGUCUGUUGACGAAGUAAAUUAAAAGAAGUAAAUUAAAAAGAAAUUUUGUUUAGUGGAUAAAUGCUGUCCCUGUCUGCCUCGCCUGUGUCGAUGGAGCAGCUCACAACCUUCACAUGCGCCAGGGUGCGUUCUUAUUUGUUGCCAGAGCAUUAAACAGCGCCUCUACAAUUGUGACUUAGGAUCUACAUUUCCAGAGGAUCCGUGUGGACGGCAGAAACAGCUUCCUUUUUGUGCUAUACUUUGUUGAAAUCAGCAUGGAAAAUGAUCAAUAGGAAAAUGUGCAGCGCCGUCUGGGUGGAGCCUAAUGCUAUUGUGGAUGGAAAACAGCCAAGAAAUGUGUGCUGCUUGUUUAGUGCAAAAAAUGGCAAAGUAACAUGAAAUAUAAACAGCCAAAAAUUCAAAAAUGUAAGCAAAUUUUGUAAAAAAAAAAAAAAAAAAUCCAAAAACUCAGAUGGAGACCUGACUAGUGACUUGUCUGGUCCCCCGUCAUUUCUGCAUUGUUCUGUCGAGCAUCUUCAAUGUCAUUUGAGCAAAAUAAUGU